UGUUGGGAGAGGACCUGGCCAGCGACGCACAGGUUGAGGGCAUCGUGGGACAGAACCUGCAGCUGAAAUGUCCGUUCACACUGAACAAUGGAGAUGCACUAUACAAGAACAGCUGGAAGAUGUUGAAUGAAGGCUCCCUGGUGACGGUCUACAGUUACUACCAAGACCCGAGCAACCCGCGGCAUCCGCUGCGCCAUCUAGUGAACAGAUCCGAAGUUGUCUGUACUAAGAAGGAGUGCGUGCUUACGAUCGAGCGCGUGCAGGCGGAGGACGAGGGCACUUACGAGUGCGACAUCGAAUUCGACCGGAAAGUAGGACAGAGCAAAGUGUUUCAUCUCUCCGUCUACAGUACGUAA